AUGCAGCAUUAUGGGGUGAAUGUGAAUGGAGGAUACUCUCUACAAGCCAUGAACUCACUCAACGCCAUGUACAACCUCCACCAGCACACCGCCCAGAGUGCACAGCGCGCUCCUGACUACCGACCCUCCGUGCAUGCACUCACACUCGCCGAAAGACUGGCAGACAUCAUCCUGGAGGCUCGGUAUGGCUCUCAGCACAGGAAGCAGCGCCGCAGUCGAACCGCUUUCAGCGCCCAGCAACUGGAAGCUCUUGAGAAAACCUUCCAGAAAACACACUACCCUGACGUAGUGAUGAGAGAACGGCUCGCCAUGUGCACCAACCUGCCUGAGGCUCGAGUGCAGGUUUGGUUUAAGAACAGACGGGCAAAGUUUCGUAAGAAGCAGCGCAGUCUUCAGAAGGAGCAGCUACAGAAGCCGAAGGAGGGAGAGCCCGAUGAGGAGAAGAAAGAGGAGAAGAAAGAAGAAGCUCCACUCACUUUAACCUCCCAUACGCCAUCGUACCUACCAGAGGAGAGUCGACCCACACUCGAGGAGGUGAACGAGGAAGUGAACGUGACCUCACCUGAGCACUCAGGGGUGGAGUCAGGAGUGGAGGAUUUGACUGACAGGGAGGACGAGCUGCCAUCUUUUAGAGGGGAGGAGAAAGAGGUGGGGCCACUGAUGACAGGCGACACGUCACCAUCCUGCAAGCCAACCAGUCCAAAAUCAGACUCUUCACUCGGCUCUCCAUCUCAACCCCCUUCUGGUGUUCUCAGCUCUGGAUUAGUCCAGACAAACUCGUACGCUUCGUCUCCUUUGAGUCUGUUCCGUCUGCAGGAGCAGUUCCGCCAGCACAUGGCCGCCACCAACAACCUAAUGCACUAUGCACCCUUUGACAUGGCCGCCCCAUCUUCCUCCACCUCCCCUUUACCUUACCUAGGCAUGAAUGUAAACAUGCCAGCGCCCCUCGGGCCUCUGCAGUGCCAGUCUUACUACCAGUCACUGUCUCAGCAGGUAUGGAGCAGUCUGAGCAGCAAAACCAGCAGCAUUGAAAACCUGCGCUUCAGAGCCAAGCAGCACGCAGCAUCACUGGGUCUGGACACGCUGCCCAACUGA